GUGCAUUUGGAGCCAAUAUGGAGUAGAAUCAACAUCAUCCAGGUGAUUAAAAGACAAAGAUUUUCAAUGUCUGAAUACAAAAGGAAAAAUAGUUCCAACUUAGGACCUCCACCUCGGUGGUUAGAAUGUCCUCGUAAAGGUGCUUUAAUUGCAGAAAAAUUCUUGCCAUUUAAGACACCUUUGAGUGAAGCUUAUGAAGAACAUGUCCCUGAAAGCAGUCGUUUUACACCAGCUAUGUUUCUGAAACUCCUCGCCAGCUAUAAGGUAAAGUUAGGCUUGUGGAUAGAUUUGACCAAUACCUCUCGUUUCUACGACAAGAAAGACAUUGAAGCUGAAGGGAUCAAGUACUUAAAGCUUCAAUGCAGGGGGCAUGGGGAAACUCCAUCAGUGGAGCAAACUGAGACGUUCAUCCAGGUCUGUCACAAUUUCAUUUCCAAAAACCCAUUGGAUAUCAUUGGAGUCCAUUGCACUCAUGGGUUUAACAGGACUGGUUUCUUGAUAGUAUCAUAUCUUGUAGAGAAUCUUUCUUGGAGUGUGGAAGCUGCUGUUCAAGAUUUUAGCAAGGCAAGACCUCCAGGAAUUUAUAAAGCAGAUUAUCUCUACGAACUCUUUAGGCGUUAUGGAGACCCAGCAGAUACUCCAUCACCACCACAACUUCCAUCUUGGUGCACUGAUUAUGAUGACACUGUAGAUGAUGAUGGAAAUUUUGUAGAAAGUAAUAAUACAAAUGGAGAAUCCAGCAAACCACAUGUGCACAAGAGGAGAAAACGAGAAUUCAACAAAAAGAAUCCAACUUUCAUGGAAGGAGUUCCAGGUGUAGAACCAAUUGUCACUCAGCCUAAGUUAGUGCAGAUUCAGCGUAAAGCACAGAACAUGUGCAACUGGGAAGAUUCUGGUUUCCCUGGGUGUCAGCCUGUAUCAAUGGAUACUGACAAUAUUAAUCUUCUACAAUUAAAAUCAUAUAAAGUUAGCUGGAAAGCUGAUGGAACAAGGAUUCAAGACAUCCACAGUAGACAAUUGGUUGAAAAUGUUCAAAUGGAGCUUGAGGAAAUGAUUAUUGACAAAGUUGAUGGGAAAAAUGUUCCACGUUACCUUGUAUAUGACAUUGUUAAAUUUGAAGGUCAGCAGGUGGGAGGUACAGACUUUGAACGCAGGUUGCUCUGUAUCAAAAAAGAAAUUAUUGGUCCAAGAAUACAAGCAAUGGAGGAAGGAAGAAUAGAUCGGAUGAAUGAACCUUUUAGUGUUAGAGCUAAAGAUUUUUGGGAUAUUACAUGUACAAAAUCUCUACUUAGUGAAAAGUUUACAAGAAACCUGGCACAUGAUCUGGAUGGAUUAAUAUUUCAACCGGUACCAGAUCCGUAUGUGAGUGGUCGCUGCAUGGAUGUUUUGAAGUGGAAGCCUCUCAACGUGAAUUCCAUAGAUUUCCGACUAAUGAUCAAGAAAGAACACAGGAUAGCUAUGUUGCCUGAAACAAAGGGCUACCUCUUUGUUGGUGGAUGCGAUCAACCAUUUGCUGAAAUUAAGGUAACAAAAGAAUUGAAGAAUUUGGACAAGAAAAUUAUUGAGUGUAAAUAUGAGGACAACCAGUGGAAAUUUAUGAGGGAAAGAACAGAUAAGUCCUUUCCAAAUGGGUAUACAACUGCAAUUGCUGUAUGCCAGAGUAUCCAGGAUCCAGUAACUACAGAGAGACUUCUUGAUUUCAUUGAGCACCAUCGGUGGAAACCACAUAAACGGUCCCAUUCAUCCAUGUCAAACGAAGGAGAGAUUAUGCCCCCUCCAAACAAAGUCCCACGAAGAUAAUAACGUAUUGGCCACCAGUUGUUUGCUUGUAAAUAACACUAGGAACCCAAUUUUAUAUUAUGUAUCUUAUUUUCAAAUGUAAGAAUAUAGUGACAGGUGCAACUUCACCUUGUUCCUAUGAAAAGUGUUCUUCAUUUUCAUAAAUGAUUUUAAACACAGUGUGUGUGUGUGUGUGUGUACGUGUAGUCUACAUCUUUAUGAGUUGAAUUAUUACAUGAAACAAGUAAGAUAAAGAAUCCUUUACAAGCUAUGCAAAGUACAUACUAGGAGGUAAAGCAUUCAUAAAACGGUCAAGUGUUUGUAAGUCCUGUUCUGAGCCUUGACUCUUUACUGCUCAUCUGACUUGUCUGUAUACAUAUGAUAUAACCCCAGCCAGUGAUAUAUUUAGUGUAAACUUGACCUUUAGAUUAUAUUACCUUAUGUAGUUUUGUUACUUGAGAUACUGAAGCUCAAGAAAUAAGCUGGUGUACAGUAACUUGUUCUUAAGAUUUGUUUUUCAUCACAGAGUUCAAUGAAUUAACUGCUCCAUAUAUAUAUAUAUGGUAAGCCAUUAUUGUAUGCCUCAUAUUAAGAUAGUUCUGUAAAUUGUAUUUGAAUGUAUUUGUCUCAAAGGGGUUUUUAAUUAUUUUGUACUGUAUAUAUGGUGUAUCUUCAAAACGUCUGCCAUACUUAAUAUCUUGAAAAGAUUAAAGUGAAGCAUUUAAUAAAACACAGUUUCUCCACUUACGAUGUUUGUAACCAUCACGAGGUUCUACAUGUUCCUUCUCUCCAUCCCUUAAAGUGUUAACCUGUUACAAAAUUGGUGUUGAAGAAAAGGCCACAUAAUUUGGUCACUGUGUUUCUUCUCUUAUAGCUGGAGUUUCUAGAGUAGACAUUGCACAGAGUAAAAGAUUAACUAUUAUACCAAACAAAGAAAACUAUAAGAAUCACUUUGUUUCACUAAUAUUACUGGUUAGUAAAUUGUUGGAAAGAUAUUCUAUUUUGUAUUAAUUUUUUUAACAAAAGUGUUCUAUUAUAGACCUAAAAAUACACCACUUGAUCACUGAUUGAGAGAGGUACAACAUUUUAUUCAUGAGUUUUACACACGUUUACCUUACAAAAAUACAAAUAAACAGUACAAGAAAAGAACUUACAAACCUAAUGAAUAAUGUGCAAGCAAGCGUAGAAGAGUUUUUUUUUGGGGGGGGGGGCUAUUCUGUUUUGUUUUGCUGAAUUAGUUAUGUUGAAUUGUUAGGUAUGGAUUAUUUAACUUAUUUGUACUAAAUAAACCAUUACAGUUAUUCCUAAGGAUGUAUUUAUGUGUUUUUGUCAAGGAGCCUGAAGUAAUGCAGGAGUCAUGUUCAGUACUGAUUUAAUAAUUAUUGAAAGGUGUAUGAAAAAUCCGUGAAAUUAAAACGUUUUUGUAGAGCGCCACCUAGUGAUAGUAUAAUACAAGGUUUAACGUAUUUAUAUACAGCUGUAAAUGUUACGUACCCAUUUAAUAACCGACAUAUUUAUCGCCAAAAUUGAUCUCCAGUUUUUGCUUUGGUUUUUAGAAUCAUUUCAGGUGCCCUGGUACGGAUUUCUCACGUUAUACAAAUCUUUUUUGGUGGAAUUCUCUGACCCUCAUUUUACUUUUAAGUAUAGUCAGCAGUGUAAGAAAUGCCUCGUGUUGUAUUAUCUGCAUUUUAAGAUCGGGAUUAAACCCGUAAAAAUUAGCAAUCAUGAUUUGAUUAAUCAUAUAAGAAAAUUGAAAGAAUUAUGUCUGAAAGUAGCACUGGGGCGUUGCUGUGUGAUUAGCGUGUUGGAAGGAUGUUGGGUUCGAGCCGUGAUAUGCCGCUGACACUGCCUCGCACUUUCACCCUCACUUGAUACAAACGAGAUGACCUUGGUCAAUCCCGUUAUUCAGUGUGUGCUGCUGUCUGGUUCACCUGUCCUUCCCUCUGUUCAGCUUUUGUCUGUUAGAGACAGUUGUACCUGAACCUUAGGGUCUCUGACUUGGCUGAUUAGCCAGUGUAUACAGUUGAGGUUGAAAAUACCAAAAUAUUGAAAAUUAUUUCUGAGUUUUGUUUUGAUUUGUUUUUACAGCCUUCUUGAAACAGCUGUUCGAAUAUGUGUGGAAUUAUGAGGAGUAAAACUAAAUAAAUUGAUAUCACUUAUAGUGACGCCAUUAAAAUAUUAUUUCUGCAGUGUACGUAAUCAUAGUGACGUCACUAAAAGUUUAAAUUUAAAAAAAAAAGAACUUUAAUUAUAUUUGUAUUUAUCUAACCGAAAAAUCACUUGUUUGUAACAGGAAUGAAUACAAACAAUAUAUAUAUAUAUACCGCUUGACGUUUCUUGUGUUAGUUUUGUGUUGCUGAAUUACAUCUGUAUGCAAUUGUUGCGUUAGAGAUAUCCGACUUCCACUUUUUUUUUAACCUUCUAUAAUAGACAGAGCUGCGACUACUUUCAUUACUGUUCAUUACCGCGAAAUUAAAUUGUGGAAACGAGUGUUGCUGUAUUUCGAAGUUAUCGAUUAUUCAUGUUUAUGUGACGACGUUUAUUUUUGCUUAAAGUUCAGUAUAUGCCAGUAUCGAUGUGUAUUCACAUGGGUCAAAGUUAACGAUGUAAAUAAAGUACUAAUUACUUUAAAAA